AAUACGAAUUGCCAUCCCUUCCGCAUCCAAUAGAAACGACGUGCCAAACGGUAAUUAGCGAAGCAAAAUCUCUCCGGCUGGUUAGCAACAGGAGUCAACUCCAACCGAACUGCGCUACGUUAUCUGCUCUACGUUCUCCGAUUGAAGCUCCUCGCGCAAGUCUACCCUCUCGAAUCUUCUAGAAGUUUUCAGUAUUCAAUUCAUCUUCUUCUGAGUUCUGAAAGUGGAAGAUCAAAGCAUAGUUUUCGCCGAAAAUCCCUAACCAUGAGGAAGCGAGAUUUGGCCAUUCUCAUGCUUUCCGCUUUCGCCAUCUUCUUCUCUCUUCAGCAUGAGGGCGAUUUCUCGUUCCGAGAGGCGUGGAUGCAUCUCUCCGACGAGUACCCGAUCAAGUUCGAGGGCGGACGUCUCCCGCCGCCGAUCGUCGCCGAUCUCAACGGCGACGGUAAGAGAGAAGUCCUCGUUGCCACUCAGGACGCCAAAAUCCAGGUUUUGGAGCCGCACAGCCGUCGCGUGGACGAAGGAUUCAGCAAUGCGCUCGUGCUCACAGAAGUGAGCCUUUUGCCCGACAAAGUUCGCGUCGCGAGUGGGAGACGUGCCGUCGCCAUGGUCGCCGGCGUUAUCGAGCGCCCUAGACCGGGAAAAGCUCCGAAGCAGGUCCUCGUCGUCGUUACGUCGGGUUGGUCCGUUAUGUGCUUCGACUCUAACCUCAAGAAGCUAUGGGAGAAUAAUUUACAGGAGGAUUUUCCACAUAAUGCUCACCAUAGGGAAGUAGCAAUCUCAAUUAGUAAUUAUACCUUGAAGCAUGGGGAUUCUGGACUGGUGAUUGUUGGUGGAAGGAUGGAAGUUCAGCCUCAUAUUCUCUUGGACCCCUUUGAAGAUAUUGCAGCGGAAAAGAGUAGCGAGCAGCACGGAAGAAGCGACACUGAAAAGGAGUCAUCUCAAAAUCCAGGAACUGUAGAUUCACGCCAUUUUAAGUUUUAUGCAUUUGCUGGUGGCUCUGGUGUUGUCAGAUGGCAAGGAAGGAAUGAGCAUGUUGAAGGACAUUCUUCGGAUGCGUCUCAGAUAAUUCCACAGCAUAACUACAAGCUUGAUGCUCAAGCUCUUAAUAGCCGUCAUCCAGGAGAGUUUGAAUGUAGGGAAUUCAGAGAAUCAAUUCUUGGAAUUAUGCCACAUCAUUGGGACAGGAGAGAAGAUACUGUGUUGAAACUAGCACACUUCAGAAGGCACAAAAGGAAAACAUUGAAGAAAACACCUGGGAAGUCUAUAACCCUACCUAUUAACAAGCCCGAGGAAAACCAUCCUCCAGGGAAGGACUCAACAAAGAAAAUUCCAAACUUAAUUGGCAAAGUAACAGAGCGUGCUGGUUCAGCAAAAUUUAAGAAGCCAAUACAAUAUAUUCCUACCAUAACAAACUACACUCAGCUUUGGUGGCUCCCUAAUGUUGUUGUGGCUCAUCAGAAAGAAGGAAUAGAAGCUGUUCAUUUGGCAACUGGUCGGACUGUUUGUAAGCUUCAUCUUCAAGAAGGUGGCCUUCAUGCUGAUAUUAAUGGUGAUGGAGUCCUAGAUCACGUCCAGGCGGUAGGUGGAAACGGAGCAGAGCAGACUGUUGUUAGUGGAUCUAUGGAAGUGCUUCGACCUUGUUGGGCUGUUGCAACCUCUGGUGUACCAGUGCGAGAACAGCUAUUCAAUGCCUCUAUAUGUCACCACUCCCCGUUUAACUUAUUCCAGCAUCCAGAAUUUACUAGACACUUCGGUCGAGCUCAAGAUGUAGCUUCCUUGGAAGUGGCAACGCCCAUUCUCAUUCCAAGACGUGAUGGCCAUAGGCAUCGCAAGGGAAGCCAUGGCGACGUUGUAUUUUUGACGAAUCGAGGGGAGGUAACAUCAUACUCCCCAGGAUUACAUGGACAUGGUGCUGUUUGGCAGUGGCACCUCUCGACAGGUGCUACAUGGUCAAAUCUUCCAUCUCCUUCGGGGAUGAUGGAAGCUGGUACUGUGGUCCCUACACUGAAGGCAUUCUCCUUGCGAGUUCAUGAUAAUAGAGAAGUGAUCCUUGCUGCCGGAGAGCAAGAAGCUGUUGUUAUUUCUCCUGGAGGUGGUAUUUUAGCAUCAGUAGAUCUUCCGGCAACACCUACACAUGCCCUGAUCACAGAGGACUUCUCAAACGAUGGGCUUACCGAUCUUAUUCUUGUGACCUCCACUGGGGUUUAUGGUCUUGUCCAGACGAGGCAGCCAGGUGCCCUCUUCUUCAGCACCCUGGUUGGUUGCCUAAUACUUGUAAUGGGAGUCAUAUUUGUCACCCAGCACCUCAACUCCAGUAAGGGGAAACCCCGCACAUCUUCUGGUCCUCGGUGAAUACCGUGCCGAAUACUAGGUUAUAACUGACGAAAGUACUUCCAGCGCGGAGGGAGCAGCGAAGACCCGCGCGAUAUGUCAUAUAGUUGUCCCAUUUUUCUGAGGAACUGCAUCAGGUUAAGGCUCUUCCAAAUUUAAGGAAUGAGAAUUGACGAAAACUUUGAAAGGACAUGCUUCGCUUCUACUCGUGUUCUUCCUGGUGUAGUUUAUAUGUACUUCUGCGAGAGCUUUUGCUUGUAAAGGUUUAUUAUGUAUGUCACGUUGCGGCAAGGGCUCCAAACUGACGUACGUGCAUCUUCAAAAGAAAAUUUGGGUUAUAGAUUUUACUAAAAUUGUGUGUUUUCUCUUAACUAAUUAGGGAGGGACUGUGACCAAUAUGCUUCCUUUCCGUACUCGGAAGGAGACCUUGUAGUUUAAAGUCUGAACCUUCUUUUCCUCAGAUAUCAUUGUUUCCCUACUGA